AUGUCUGUGUCUCUUUCCAGCAUCCCCGCCGUGAAGGACAAGCCGUUCCACUCCAACCCCCUCAAAGGCAGCCCUGCCCGGGGCUCGGGUUACUACGCUGCCCCGCUGCACGGAGCCCACCAUUACAUGGACAUCUUCAGGAGCUCUCAGCAUCCCCUCCACCCGCUCAAGUCUCUGGGACGGCUUGUUACGGACACCCAGGCAGUCAUGCCGUUCAACUUCACCGCCGGUAACCCCUCAUUCUUCGGCCACGGCGGCCACGCCGUUAACGUGCUCCAUGAGCAGAUUUUCAACGUGUCGAACAUCCCGUAUUUCAAUCGGAUGAUGCCGGGAGUGGGACAAACGAUUUACUCCAAGCACGAGGAGCUGGCGGCGGUGGUGACCGAGCACGCUACUGGGCCGUUAUCAGACUUCAGCAGUCCCGCCUCGAGCGAGAGGUCUUCUGCUCACUCCGUCUCGCCGUUCAAAGCACGCUCGCUCCACCUCAGGGGAACCGAAUUAUCAUCGAAGAAGACGCGCACUUAUAGUUUCAGUGAGGACGAUCUGUUCACGGUGCUGUACGGAUAUACCGGGAGACAAGAGCAGAAUACCGGUCACGCUAUCUCAGGAGUAGCCGGGAACUCAGUUUGUAACAGCGAGCUACUCACCUUGAAUACUCAGGCGCUUGAACUUCCAGAAGAGUUAACUAUCCAACAGACGAGUUACGGCAGUUUGUCCCACUACGGAGUUUUUGCGGUGAAGAACGCCGUCACCAAAGGAACCCGGUUCGGCCCAUUUCAGGGGAAACUGGUCAAUACGAGCGAGAUCAAAACAUAUGACGACAACACUCUGAUGUGGGAGGUGUUCGAGAACGGCCGGUUGAGUCACUUCGUGGAUGGCCGGGGCUCUUCCGGUAACUGGAUGUCGCUGGUGAAGUGCGCGCGCUUCCCGGAGGAGCAGAACCUGAUCGCGUUACAGAGUAAGGGCCAGAUCUUCUACGAUGCCUGUAAGGAGGUCCAACCGGGACAGGAGCUGCUGGUCUGGUACGGGGACUGCUAUGUUCAGUUCCUGGGGAUUCCUCUAACUCUGAAAGACUCGCCGGAGGAGGGGAACGUUAUGCUUCCACAUGAAGAUUCUGGAGAGGGUUUUAAGUGUGAUCGGUGUGGCAAAGUGUUCGCCUAUCAAUACUACAGAGACAAGCAUCUGAAGUACACGCGCUGCGUGGACCAGGGCGACCGGAAGUUCCCGUGUCACCUCUGCAACAGGUCGUUCGAGAAGAGAGACCGACUGAGGAUUCAUAUCCUACACGUUCACGAGAAACACCGACCACAUAAGUGUUCGGUGUGCGGAAAGAGUUURUCUCAGUCCUCCAGUCUCAACAAACACAUGCGGGUGCACUCAGGAGAGCGACCCUACAAGUGUGUCUACUGUAACAAGGCCUUCACCGCUUCCAGCAUCCUGCGCACGCACAUCCGCCAGCACUCCGGAGAGCGGCCCUUCAAGUGUAAACACUGCGGGAGAGCCUUUGCCUCGCACGCCGCGCACGACAGCCACGUCCGACGCACCCACGCCAACGAUAAGCUGUAUCCGUGCGACGUGUGUGGCAGCACCUUCCAAGAAGCGGCAGAACUCAAGAACCACACGAAGAGUCACAAAAAAGGCCCUCUGUCGGAAACCGCAGUUCCUCCUGUCAUCUCACUAAACGGAUCUUUGGGGGAUACGACAACGAUGUUUUCAUUCACCAAGGACUGCAGGACGCAAAGACUGACGGAGGAGAACUUUUACACCGGCUUGACAAUUCUGAACCCAGAAUAUCGACCCUGGAAUUAAACCRGUUCCAUAGAAUGAUCAUUUCUAAUUCUAGAAUUCUGUUAAGGAAAAUAUCAAGAAGAGCUCAAAUAACACGUCCAAACAGCGACACGUUUUAUGUUUUUAGAAUAAUAACUAUUGCGAAAAUAUAUUUAAUACAACGUUACUGUAUUGUAUGACACACUGUAAAUUGUUUUUGUCCAAUUUAUUUAUUUAUUUGAAUGUUUUUUUUUGGUGUGGGAAUAAUACGUGUUGUCUGUGGCUAAACACUUCUGUUAUUAGUGGGAUUUAGUUAUUAUUGGUGUUGGUCAAUGAAGCCUAAUAAUGCAAGAUUUUAACGAAAUGUUACGUUUAUUCACGUUCGUGAUCACAAGUUCUUAUAGUUCACAUUUAAAUAAGCUUGGAUUAGUGUUAUUUAGGAUAAAUACUGUAUAAACGUUUUGCAUUUAUACGUACAUCCCCAAUCAACGUUUAUCAAUUUAAACGUGUUAAUUUAUCUGCAUACAAUAUUUAUCAUACUACCUCUAGUUAAAGUCAUCCUAUUUCACUGUCAGAUAGCUAACAGUUUUUUAGUUUUUUUUAACGUUUGACUGUUUGUUAGUCGUGUCUUGUAGGCUGCAAAAGCAGUCACUGUAAUGUGUAUCUGUAUUUCAUUGUUAAAAAAACAUCGGCUGUCUAAUAAAUAUGAAUUAAAUAAUAGCAUGAAAUAAACAAAGUCAAGAUUGG